UGCCCCUCCCGAAGCUUGACAAGACGGUGGCAGGCUUAGUUGCACCCGGAGCUUUCACAAGGUCAUGCUUCUCACGCCUUACCUUUAUAUUUUACCGCCGCACUCAAACAGCGACCAUGGUUCGCAAUCGUGAGAUUUGCGACGUUGUAACAUGGUCCGACGAGAUCUUAGUGUUAACUGUUCGGCGAACAAACAUGGUCAGGAGAUUCCAGCAAUAUUCACCAUCUCCGAUUGCUAUUCCAGCGGUGAAUCAUGUGCUUCCUACUCGCCACUAUGUAUACCAAAAGUUUAUGAGGGUGCCGUUCAGUCUUCUAGUGCGCAUUAAAUUCACGUCAUGGACAAGACAAAAGUGCAUCGACUCCCUGCCGAAGGCCCCUUUGGAUUUUGCAAACGGAGUUGAAUGUGGAUGCAAGUGGGCUGUUCAUAUGUCGCAGCAUGCUAUAGAUAGUAUGGUUCAUAUCUUCGUCAAAUGCACAUCAGACCGGACAAUGGUCCCAACCAGCAGCUCACUCAGUUCAUAUAGCACUGUCAAACGAGUGUCGAUCGGACGAAGGCCUCAUGUGUUUGCAGGCAAGCUGGAGCUCAGGUUUCGAAGGCAGGGCGGGUCAUAUCAGAGGUCAGUAAGAUUGUAUGUAAAGGUGAGCCGACAGUCAGAUAUAGAAGGGUCUAUGAAAAUCUUGCUCUAGCAGGGCUGUGCAUAAUCGUAUUUGUAACAUCCAAAGUCAUAGCCGCAGGUCACUCGUCCGCGUGUCCACUUUCCACCCUUGCCGGCAUUGUUAUACUCGAAGGAACCGCCCGGGACGUCUUCCAUGCAAUAGCACUUCUCAACUCUGUACCCCGA